AGAAAGAGCAUAACAUAACCUAAAAACUAUGUUAUGCAGUAGAAAUUUAAAUGUUUUACACACAAAUUAUAAGAAAACCAUAACAAAAUGGGUUCCAAUAGGACUUGUACGAAUGAAAAGCUCAGCAGAACCAAAAACAAAAACAUACUCUCAUACAAUUCUUUUCCCAAAAACAGACUUUCCUGCGCGAUCUAAUAGUGCGAGAAAAGAUGAGAUCCAAAAGGCUGCGAAGUUUUCUGAUCUCUACAACUGGCAGAGGGAACAUCUGAAAGGGCCAGAGUUCGUGCUGCACGACGGCCCGCCGUACGCUAACGGAGACUUGCACAUGGGACAUGCUGUUAAUAAAAUAAUCAAAGACAUAAACAACCGCCACCAAGUCCUCCUUGGAAACAAAGUCCACUACGUCCCCGGCUGGGACUGCCACGGCCUCCCCAUCGAGCUCAAAGCCCUCCAACAAACGAAAAAGACAAAAAAAUCAGCGCCAUCUACAAAGAAAGUUGAAACACAAAAGAAAGACGCAACACCAUCUAGUGCUGUUGAAAUACGUCAGGUGGCGAGGAAGUUUGCGUUAGAAACUAUAGAGAGACAGAAGGCGCAGUUUGAAAGCUGGGGGGUAAUGGCUGACUGGGAUAAGCAGUGUUACAGGACUCUGGACAACGGCUAUGUGAAGAACCAGCUGGCACUAUUUUACGAGAUGUACGAGAAGGGGCUGAUUUUUAGGGCCUUAAAACCAGUUUAUUGGUCGCCAUCUUCCAAAACAGCACUAGCAGAAGCCGAGCUGGAGUAUGAUCAUCAGUUCAAGAGUACAGAAGUGUAUGUCAGUUUCCCUCUGGACGCCGUGCCUGACCAGAUCAGAGAUGCAGUCAAAGGUGAAACCGUCUCUGCGAUAAUCUGGACCACGACCCCUUGGACGCUAGUGGCCAACCGCGCCAUCUGCUUCAGCGCACAACUCAUGUACAGCAUUAUAAGGAUAGAAGGGCACGGGGGGCUGUUCCUGGUGGCCACUCAGCUGGCCGAGCAGUUGGAGAAGACGCUAGAGCGAGGGGUGCAGAAGAUAGCAGAGGUUGAAGGUGCACAGCUCACAGGCGGCCGCUACCACCACAAGAUACUAAAUCAAUCGUUUCCACUCCUCGCAGCAAACCAUGUGUCGGCCUCCAAAGGCACCGGUCUAGUGCAUACUGCCCCCGCACAUGGCCCUGAGGACUUCUUAGUGGGACUGGAACACAAUAUACCUGUGGAAUGCAACGUGGACGAAUCAGGGCUGUAUUGCAACCUCGGCUCUCUAAACGGCCUCUUCGUGCUCGGCCGCGGGCAGGAGGCCGUCGUCUCGCUCCUCGGCGACCAGGUGUUGAGGCGAGGUGUCCACACGCACUCGUACCCGCUGGACUGGCGGACGAAGAAGCCGGUCAUAUUGAGGGCCAGCCACCAAUGGUUCAUUAACACUGAGGAGUUGAAGAAGAAAGCUUUAGAAGCAUUGGAACUUGUCCAAAUCCUUCCCUCCUCCACCGCCCAGCAAUCCAGACAAGGCUUCAGCGCCCGCAUACAAUCGCGCCCAUACUGGUGCGUGUCGCGCCAGCGCGCCUGGGGGGUGCCCAUACCCGCGCUCUACCACCGCGGGGAGCCGGUACUCCACAGACGUGUCAUCGACCGGCUUUGCCAUCUUCUGGAGCACGAGCCCGACGUGUGGUGGACAGCGCCGGUGUCUGACUUGCUGCCACCAGACUUGGCCGAGGAACUUGGGGUUAACGUCGAAGAGGUCUCCAAAGGAGAGGACAUAAUGGACAUCUGGCUGGACUCGGGGUCAUCGUGGCGGACUCUUCCGGCCUCCCCGGCCUCCUCCCCGGCCUCCCCGGCCUCCCCGGCCUCCCCGGCCUCCCCGGCCUCCCCGGCCUCCCCGGCCUCCCCGGCCUCCCCGGCCUCCUCCCCGGCCUCCCCGGCCUCCCUGUACAGCGAGGGCGUGGAUCAGCUGACGGGAUGGUUCCAGAGCUCUCUGCUCACGAGCGCAGCCAUCACCGGCCGCGCCCCGUACAAAUGCAUUUUCGUGCACGGUUUCGUGGUGGACGCGGAGAAGCGGAAGAUGUCCAAGUCUCUCGGCAACGUGAUCGCGCCAGAACAGAUCAUAAACGGAGGGAGCAAGCAGCCCGCCUACGGCAUCGACACGUUGAGAUGGUGGGUUGCCAGCCACGGCACACAGCACACACAAAUCAUCGUCAGUAGGAAACUACUAGAAGACUGCCAAACAGAGGUCAUCAGGAUUCGCGCCAUCUUGAAAUAUCUACUAGGGGUCAUUGACCUCCCCCCACUCAACCCCCCACCGUUGAACUACUUCGACAAAUACAUGGUCGCAGAGACGUACAAGUUUUUAAAAGAUGUACACGAAAAUAUGAAAGAGUUGAGGUACAACAGUGCAGUCAAAAAUAUACUCUAUUUUAUUAGUAAUAAGGUAUCAGGUUUAUAUUGUCAUUGUAUUAAAGAUAGAUUAUAUUGUGCUCCCAAGGAGUCAGAAGGGAGGAUAGGGGCUCAGUUAGUUGCUCACAGUAUUCUAGUCUCUCUGUGUAAGGCGAUAGCACCUAUAAUGCCGCAUUUAAUAGAAGAAGUAUGGAAAUAUCAUCCAUUAUAUGAAAGACCGUUCUUUUUCACUCAAAAUAUACCUGUUUUAGAUAAUCAAAGCGUAGACACGACGACAAUGGAUUUAAUUUUAGAACUAAAAAAAGAUAUAACGGCUUUAGGUAAAAACGAAAACUUGAAAAAAUUAUCUGUUGAUGUUAAAUUAAAUCCUACAUUAUAUUCCAUGUUGAAUGAUUUAAAUUAUUUAGAUGAAACAAAUGAAAGUGUGUUAAAUGAGAUUUUAGAAGUGUCAAAUGUGUGUCUGAGUGUCGAGAGUGUCGAGAAAUGGGUGGUGAGUGUCAGCGAGAGCGCCCGAGAGCAGUGUCUGAGGUGUCGCAAGUAUAACGCGCAGGUAAAUAGUGAUAAGUGUUUGAGAUGUGAACUUGCUAUGGCGUCGAUGUAGAAACUUAAGAGUAAUUUAUUAUUUUCAGACAUUUUUUCCUGGCAAAAAAAGUGAUUGACAAUGAAAUAACGUAAUAGAUAGAUAAUAUUCUUAAUAUUAUUAAAUAAAUAAAUGUGACGUUUUCAAUCAAAAGGUACCACAUUGUCGCUUGUCGAUAAGGUUGAUUUCUAAUUGAAGCUAUAUGGAAAUAGCGCCUUACUGACAAGCGACAAUAAGUACCCUUUUGGUUGAAAAUGGCAUAAAUAACUUUUUUUACAUGAAAGUAAAUUAUGUACCGAUACGUGAAUUUAUAUUCUUGUUAACUUUUCGGUAAUUUUCAGCAAGUAGAAGUCACAUCUUUUAUUGAUUUAUCUAUGAAUGACUUAUUUAUAACUGAUUUAUAGAUAUACUGAUUUAAACUAACACGAUUUUCACUCAUAAUUUAG